UUUUAUCGCCUUCUUCUUUGGAAACCUCUUCUCCUAUCCUCUCCUCUACUCUUCCACCCCCCCUACUCGCACCGUUCUUGUCGUUUCUUUCUUUAUUCGCCAUCGGAGUAAUCUUCACCCUCCACGAUUUCGUGCAUGUGCAUAUAUUAUCCUCACUUUUCCGCGUUGAUUUCCUUCUGUUCUUGGUCUAUUCGUCUCUCUCUACAUCAACAGUUAUCGUUGAAAGUUUCGCAGGGAGGAGGCGGUUUUUUCUCUUCCUUGUUGAAGGAAUCUUGGUUGGGGGGAAUCUGAGAAGGCUCUAUGCGAAUGUUUUUUGAUAGCUGCUGGUCCUGCUAUAAAGCAGGGAAGCACACUCAAUGACCCUGAUCAUGGUCCUAGACCUUGUUUUGACCAGAUCCUCUUGCUAGCUUGCUUUUAGGUUUCUGUGUGCUUCGUGGGGUGUCUUUGAGAUCGCACGGGGCUCUCUCUUUCACUUUCUUCUUAACCCUUUUCUGCUAUUUGGUUUCUCCGAAUCCGAAUCUUCUCGUCGACUGUGUGUCCUGCUGCUGCUCCUGUCGUCGGCGAGUUUCCGGUUUUCGGGUUUAAAUGUCUCACUCUCAGCCGACGCAGAAGGAGAUGGUGAACGCGAGAGAGGCCCCCUCGCAGUCGAGGGACACGAUCUACACCAAGAUUUUCGUUGGUGGGUUGGCUUGGGAGACUCGGAGGGACACGUUGAAGGGCUACUUCGAUCGGUUCGGGGAAAUCCUAGAGGCGGUGGUGAUCGCCGACAAGGUCACGGGGAAAUCCAAGGGAUAUGGCUUCGUGACAUUUCGAGACCCGGAAUCGGCGAGCAGGGCUUGUCAGGAUCCUUACCCUGUCAUUGAUGGGAGGAGGGCUAAUUGCAAUCUUGCUUCGCUCGGCGCUCAGAAGAACCGCUUCUCGACGAAUCAACAAGGAACUGAGAAAUUUAGGCAGAAAUCUGCAUCAGCAGCGGCAUCCUCCAGCUUCAAUGCCUCUGCAUAUUUUCCGCAUUCUGUCCCCCCCAACGCAUUUACUUACUCGGCUUACGGGUACCCAGGAUAUCCUCACAACCUAUACGCAAUGAAUUAUUACAAUGCAUAUGGGGGCCAACAGCAUCCGACUUACUACCCUUCUCCAGCACCAGGGUCCCCGGGGUUCUACUUAAACUACUAUCCAUUCUAUGCGCAUCAGGCGCAGAGCAGUUCGACACAGUUCCCGAAAUUGAUGCGACAUCCGCUUCUAUCUCCGACGGUCCGUGCCUUAGAGUUCUCGUCAACGACUACCUCGGCUGCUUUGCUACCCGCUGUCACCACACAAUCGACUGCAUCAGCAGUUCCUGCAGAACCGAGGGACAAACCAGUGCACAAGAAUGACUGAAAGAUUCACGGGGCAGGCGGAGAAAAGCGCGAAAGGAGCACCAGCUCAACGUCUCUGGCUGCGAGUACAGAAAUUAUAUGGAGGCAUGAAGAAGCAAAAAAUUUCACUUUUAACUAUCUUGUAGGCUAGGUCUCUUGUCCUCUUUGCUUCUUUUUGCAUCCACAUGGAUUACAUAAAGUCAUGCUCAGUUUCAUUUCGCACCACCACACACAUUCUCACAAACAUGCACAUUGCAUACGAUACUUGACAUGGAAUGAUCUUUUCUAACGAAAAGUUGAACUCAAUUCUUGACAAUGUUCAGGUUUAUUAUACCUCUAUAUAAUGUUAGCGACAGUAUCUUUCAGUGCC